GUCAUUGUUUUAGUUUUAAACCGGAGUUAGCGGUUAGCUCACGCAUCUUUAGCUUGCACUACUACUAUAACUACUAAACGAAACAGUAUUUUACAUUAAAGUACCGUAGAAUUGUAAUACAUUUGUAUCAAAAAAUAAAUAUGGCCAAUAUCCGACAGUUUAUUCUACGCAGGGAGUAACGCGGGAUAAAAUGUAACUAUCGCAAAACAAGCUAAGUUCAGUUAGCGCUACUUAGCCAUUUUACAGCCAUGAGUUUGGCUGUCGGACGCGAACCCAGAAAGACUGCGGGGAACCGCAUGUCUAAAAUACUUGAUGCUGAAGAAGAGGAUGAGUUUUAUAAGACCACAUAUGGAGGCUUCCAAGACGAAUCAGGGGAUGACGAAUAUCACGGAGAACAUUCAGACACAGAGGAUGAGGUCGACAGCGACUUUGACAUCGAUGAAGGUGACGAGCCAGACAGUGACCAUGAGGAAGAUGCACCUCGGAGAAAAAGUCGGGUUGUCACUAAAGCUUAUAAGGAGCCUAUAAAAGUGACAAAACCAAAACCUAAAAAACCCAGUGAGGAGCACAAAAAGUCUGAAAAAACCAAAGUGGAGCUCAAAAGAAGGAUUCCACAAGAGUUCCAAGAUUUUGGUGAAUCUCGUAAGUCGGUGCGACAGUCGACCAGCGAACACACGAGGAAAACCAACCUGCGCUUACAGGAGCGUCAGGAUGCUCCUCGCAGACGGAGAGGCGCUCAUCGGGACCGACCGCUAACGCAAGAGGAACUGCUGGCAGAGGCGAAAGUAACUGCCGAGCUCAACAUCCGAUCUCUGGAAAACUAUGAGCGUUUGGAAGCAGACAAGAAGAAGCAAGUCCAUAAGAAGCGUCGUUUUGAGGGACCAACCAUUCGUUAUCACUCAGUCCUCAUGCCGCUCGUCUCCCAGUCCCUUCUCAAAGAAGAAAACGUUGACGUCGAAGGUUUGGAUCAGGAUGUUUCUCAGACGGCGCCACAAAAUCCCGCCACACCCUCCCAGCAGCCCACUGGAGGCCUGUGCUCCAGGACUUUCAUAACGUUCAGCGACGAAGAAGCUUUCGAUGCGACCUUCGCUCGCAGCGCCCAGUCAAGCCCUCAGCUCCCAGUCCAGGAGAUUUGUCCCGUCACCCACAAGGCGGCGCUGUACCGAGACCCGGUCACAGAUAUACCUUACGCCAACGCCCGAGCCUUCCGCAUUAUCCGAGAAGCGUACCGUAAAUACGUGGCAGCUCACGGGUUUCCAAACACUUCAGGAGGCGGGGUGGGAGGUGACUCCUCUGCCAUGAAGGGCGCCCGCCAGAAAAUGGUUGUUAAACAGACUGCUGUUGUAUAAACCUUGAUGCCACGUAGAUUGUAUUUAUGUUUUUUUUUUUUACGUUUACCUACCCUUCAUUCUUCAGUUGUUUAGUCAGAGGGUUUUAACUCGCCUCAUAUAAAUCAGUUUUUGGAUUUCCAUAAACGGCAGGGUGUCUGUCUUAUUAAUUCUGAAUGUAGGAAAAUACAUUUUUAAUUAUUUAGACCGGAUGAGGCAAAGUGCAUGAAA